AUGCCUAUCACCGACGAUGCAGUGGUUCGUCUCGCACGCGCGUGCCCAAACCUCAAGACUCUCCGGCUUGACUCGGCCCUGCUCAUCACAGGGACGUGCAUCCCACCCAUUCUCACAGCAUGCCCAAACAUCACCUCGCUCAGCAUUACCGGCCACAACGGCCGCACAGGCAACUUAAACCUAGACAAUCUAAAGCCCAUGGCCGACGACCCCAUCGUCUUCGUCAGCGCACCCAAACUCAAAAACCUGGAUCUGCGCCGCGCGAUCAACGCUGCACAAGAGAACUUCUCCGAUGUGCUAAGAGCGAUCACUAGGCCGCCAGGUCGCAAGAAUAAGCUGGAAGUGCAGUUUCAGCAUCCGACUGUGCAUUGGGAGAAGGUGUACAAGAAUGGCACGGUGAAGCAGCCGAGAAUUACCCAAGCGAUGAAGGAACAGGAGAUGCUUGAGGAAGUGAUGUGGGCGGUGAAAGGCAAUAGGGGGUUUGAUAUCGAUGACGAGGAUGAUGGAGCAUAA